AUGGACUCUUUCAUCGCUAAUAUAGAGACCAGUCAAGGCUUGCUGGAAAAUAGCCUUAAGCUGAAAGAGCAGUCGAGACAAACACAGGUUUUUGAGUUUGAAUCUGUGCGUAAACUGAGUAAAUUGGUUCACCAGCUGCAAUGCCAGUCAUACAACUCGCAAUUGCAUUGCGUAACGGUAAGUUUGGCCAACAUACUACUGAAAAACGCUGAAUUUCGCAUUCAGACACUGCAAGAGGAUCUGGAGUUUGUGCAAGACGUACAGAGAAGACUGCUCCAGGACUCGCAGCUAUCGAGCUUCCAAAGAGAUUGGGAAAUCCCAUUAUGGCGUGUGCUGUUUUUACUCACCCACGGUGCUGGGAAUUUGGCCAACACCACCACCACCAUUAUUUUCGACAGACAACUUGCGCCUGUCAAGUUUGCGCAUCUUGUGGGCCUUUUAGACACAGAAGAGGCCUACAGUAACGAUUUGUCGACUGUUCUUGAAGAGUUCGGCAAGUUCUGGUACGCUUUGAGCUACAACUACGGGGUCCAAACCAACACUUACAGCCGAGUGUUUUGGAGCACUUUGAAGCAACUGAACCAUGCGCUUCGUAGAGACCAAGGCCAACGGCUGAUCCAAUAUUCAGGAGCCUUGCUACAGUUGUGCUCGCUUCUGCUUCUGGCACCGGAAAACCCAAAAAUGCUUGCCAGUUUCGAUAUGGUGCUAAACCUGGUUCUCAUCCUAAAACGCAAUAUCUUUCUAUGGCAACAAGAAACUACGCAGCAGCUGUACUCACCACUCUCAGACUACAGAAUACCGCAAAUUUUGCAUGUCUUGCACGUCUACCUGCUCAGAUCGCCCAUCAAGGUUCGCGAACGCAUAGAGCCUUGCAUCACCGGCCUGCCAGAUGCGCCCGUGAAUCUCAAAGCCCAAAUCCUUGAGCUGUACAAGUCGCCGAUUUCUGGGUCAGACACUCGCGAAAUUAUAGAUCUAAUCCUCCAGACCUUGAACUUGCAGCUGUGUUCGGCAUCGACAGAAGGUGUUGACGAUAUUCUUCAGUGCGUGCGGCCAGCAGUACCCACGAAAUUGAGCGAUUCUACAGACACUAUCAUUGGAACGGAAGCCAAGUUAAAGUCUCAGAUAUGGCAAGAGCAGAAUCUGUCGUCUACGUCAGUGAAUACGGCUUGCACCAGUCAUUCCGCCGAAUCCAACGAUUCGUGGACCGAAGAGGAGCGCGUUGAAGAAGCAGAACGAAUCAUGGCUGCCAUACGAAGACUUGAUCAGCUGGGUGUAAUAACUACAAACGUCUCAAGUUGA